AUGCAUACAAGACCAGACUUGGCAUUCUCCGUGGGAAUCCUAAGCAAGUAUAUGCACUCACCACGAAAGUCACAUGGUGAUGCAUUCAAACAGGUUUUGAGAUAUUUAAAAGGCACUAAAGGUUUCGGUUUGUUGUUUAAGCGUGGAGGAACUCAGAAGCUAAUAGGUUUCAGUGAUAGCAGUCAUAACACUGAUCCAGAUGAUGGAAAGAGUACUACGGGACACUUGUUUUGCCUCGAUGACACACCAGUCUCUUGGUGUUCACAGAAACAAGACGUAGUGGCCCUAUCUUCGUGUGAAGCCGAGUACAUGGCGGCAACAGAAGCUGCUAAACAAGCUAUCUGGCUUCAGGAGUUGAUGACUGAGAUCACAGGAAAGAAGAAUGAAAGAACACUGGUUCGUGUGGAUAAUAAAUCAGCUAUAGCUUUAGCAAAGAAUUCAGUUCUUCACAGGCGCAGUAAACACAUCCAUAAGCGGUUUCAUUUCAUCAGAGAAUGUGUAGAACGAGGACUGAUUGAUGUGGAACAUAUACCCGGAACAGAGCAACGCGCAGACAUUCUAACCAAAGCACUAGCAAAUAUCAAAUUCAAGGAGAUGAGGAGUUGA